AUGCCACAGGCCAGAAGUUUUGUACUCUCUUUUGCAAGUCACUGGGAUGACCCUAUACCUACUGAAGGUGACAGUGAAAAUGACUUGGAAGUUGGAUCGGGAGCCACCAAUCUGACGGGAUCAUCCCUACGUGAACCACGGACAGUGUCAGUGCAAACAGCAAGAUACCUCACGAGCCCGUGGCUGACGCGUUUUGUUCCUUCCGUUUACACCUUAGUGCUCGUGCUCAGCCUCCCGCUGAACAUUACAGCGAUACUCGUGUUUCUGAAAAAAAUGAAAAUUGAAAAGCCAGCUGUAGUAUACAUGCUGAAUUUGGCCCUUGCAGAUGUCCUGUUUGUGAGCGUGCUUCCUUUUAAGAUUGCUUAUCACUUUUCUGGAAAUGACUGGCGUUUUGGACCUCAGAUGUGCCGGUUCAUCACUGCUGCCUUCUACUGUAACAUGUACUGCUCAAUAAUGCUUAUGACAAGCAUAAGCUUUGAUCGCUUCUUAGCAGUGGUGUAUCCCAUGCAGUCUCUCGGGUGGCGUACAUUAAGACGUGCCUCGCUGAUUUGUUUCAUCAUAUGGCUUGUAGCAAUAACUGGGGUUAUACCUUUUCUCACCAGAGAGCAAACGAUGGAAAUACCCAAGUUAAAUAUAACUACUUGCCACGAUGUGCUAAGAGAAUCUGAACUUCACGGCUAUUACCUCCACUUCUUCUCCAUCUUCUCUUCUGUGUUUUUUGUAGUGCCGUUUGUAAUUUCUACUGUCUGUUAUGUGUGUAUCAUUCGAUGUCUUAGUUCUUCUACCAUUGUUGCAAAACAAAAUAAGAAGACGCGUGCCUUACUCUUGUGUGUGGCUGUUUUUUCUGUUUUUGUUAUUUGCUUUGGGCCAACUAAUGUCCUCCUAUUAAUUCAUUAUAUCCAUUUUUCUUACGAUAACAGCUUAGAGUACCUCUACUUUGCCUACCUACUCUGUGUUUGUAUCAGCAGCGUUAGCUGUUGCAUUGACCCCUUUAUUUACUACUAUGCUUCUUCUCAGUAUCAGAGACAACUUUUCAGUCUCCUCAAUUGUAAAAAGACUUUUGAUCCUAACAGUAGUAACAGCAGUGGCCAGUCAAUGUCUACCACUAGCAGAAGGGCUACGUGCUCUAGUAAUGUGAAUAACAGUGUCUACAGGAAAUUACUAGCAAUGCAUUGAGAUAACGUGUCUUACACAUGCUUAAUUUUUAGACAAUUUCAAACAACAAAAAGACUGUACUAUAUCCAAGAAAUGCAAAACCUUAAACCAAGUUGUUGUACAAUACAUAGCUCUAUGGAUUCAUUGAAGUAAUGCGCAAUUCAAAUUCAAACUCUGUAUAUGUAU